AUGCCAUGGAAUCCAUUAAAAUUGGAUGUUGCAGAAAAGUGCUUACUUCAAUACUUUCAAUGCAGCGCAUCUUGCUCUCUGACAACCUUCGGCCAUGACCCGACGGAUGUUGGCAACAUGCUUAUCCGCAUGGCUCUCAUUAAUGACACUCCAUCUGCUGCGGCAGUACUGCGCUCUUUGCUUGCUUUGUCCUCGCUGCACCGCUCUGGACUGCAGCUACAGGCUGCCAAGCUCAAGAUCGGUGCCUUGAAAGCCCUAGGCACCGCAUUAAAUCGCGAGAUCGGCACGAUGGAAAUACUCCAGCAUGUUGCGGCGGGGAUGCUCUUGUGCUCAUUUGAGUCGUCAACCCAGAUUUACCAGGCUUCAUGCACCUCUGGCCAGUGGCGUUCUUACAUUCUCGGCGUCAAAAGCGUUAUUAAAGCCAGGCCCCUUGACACAUUCAAAGGGGACAGCGGCUACACUGCUUUGCUUGACUGGGUAUACUACCAUGAUGUGUUAUCUCGUUUUAGUCUUACACACUGGCACCGACCGGCCAUUGAGACGCCUUUCAUAGACGGGGACGAACCCGUAGACAUCCCAUUGCCGCUGGUAGAUUCUGAUCCCUGUAUGGAGAUCGCACACUCAGCCGAAUCCAUUUUUACCACAACUCUGAAGCUUUUGGCUGAGGUCUGCAAUACAGUUGCAACCGCACCGCCUCAUGUACUUUCAUCCCAAGGAUCCGAUAGCUUCAAAAGCUACCUCAAAAUACUAGCGUGGAGAAUCCGGUCUGUCGUAAUCUCGGACAACACAAUCGGUGGAAGAUCGGACAUGGCAGCGCUCGUGGAAUUAUUCCAGUUGGCCACGCUAGUCUAUCUCAGCCGAAUAUUUGGAAACACCUUUGAGCCGGCUUUUGAAACCCAACAACGGAUUGAACGAGCCUUUAAUAUCUUUUCUCAGCUGAGUUCUUGUGACCGUCAAUUUCCGCUGCUUAUUUUGGGUUGCGAAGCGCGGACUGAUGCGGAAAGGUGUACUGUCCUUGAUCUAAUUUCCAGGACGGAGGAGCGGACUUCAUCACGCUCCUUAUUCCUAACCAAGAAGCUGAUUCAGGCCAUCUGGGUCCAAGAUGACCUUUCCCAAGGCCAUAUUGUCUAUACCGAAAAGCUCAGUGCCAUCUUGACCUGCUGCACUAUCUUGCCUACUUUUGUCUAA